AUGCCACCCAGGUAUACAGCCACCCUAGCAGCAACCCUUGCUUUGCUGUCUGGCGCCAACGCAUCCGAAAAGACCUCCUCAUCUUCAUCCUCCUCAGCUGCCAAAAACGGUUACGAUGCCAUAAUAUGUGGUCAAAACGGCUACGAAGAUGGGUCCGGACUCUCGUAUAGUGCAAAUGCUUGGAAUCCCUCUGACAACGGGUUUCAGUGCCUUUCGGUCAUCAACGCGAGCUCCUCCACCGCCGGUGGCUUUGAUGCGACGUGGAAGUGGCCGGGAGAUCCCGGUUCAGUACACUCUUACCCGCAUGUGACUUUCUCGUCGGGCGAUCUGCCGCUUUCCGUGUCCAACAUUUCCGCCCUGAGGUUGGCUGCAUCAUGGGCCUACUCACCUGGCACAGCUUUCAAAGCUGCUCCCGCCGGACGCCUGGAUGUCUUUGAUGCCAACGGCCUUGACGACGUCGGAGCAAAGGCAAAUAUCGCCUUCGACAUUUUCAUGGACCCUGACAAGCGCAAGGCAACCUCUGCCACGGCUGCCAAGUACGAGAUGAUGAUUUGGAUCGGGAAGGUUGGUGAGCCUCAACCGAUUGGCUUCAGGUCUGAGAAUGCCACCUGUUACACCCAGCAGCUGGGCGCUUUGAACUUGUAAGUUGUUGUUCCUGGACCCCACUACUAUGUGUACAACAUGGUCGUCCAGCUUUUCAGCUGCCCCUGAAUGUAACCUCGGGCGGCAUUGCAAGUGCACUCGGUUCUCAGCUCAGCCCAACCCGCCCCUGCCCCCUGUCAGUAUUUGUUCUCAUUGUUACACGACACGGGCUAGACACCCUUGCCUUUCUUUCUCCCUUGGCUCCAUCUGUCACACCCUGCACUCGGCCGAGCGACGCCAAGUGGCCUCGUCCCGGCAUGCGUUGCUUCUGCGUGGGACGAGCGGAGCUUCCCAGUGGCGCCAGCCCCAAGUUGUCGGGCAUCCUUGACGGCGGCUUACCCCCACCCUCGACUUGCGUGUGCGAACGUUGACGUUCCCGUUGACGUCCUGAAGAAACUCACGUUGACUCCCUGCAG